CUUCCGUGGAUAGAGUAUAGGAACGUUUGUUUUUACCAAGCGAGUUUCUGAGUGGGCAGAGCGGGCUGGCUGGCUCUGAUUAUUCAAUAGUUACUAUGUUAUCCUGACUAGCAAAUGGGGGGACAUCAACCUUAUUUAUAUUUUUGACAUUCAAAAGUGUUUGUAAAUUAAAUGAUUUGACUUUGAACAUGAGUGGGUUCUGACACUGCUAAACUCACAAAUGAGAUCCAAACAAAAUUUUAUUUUGAAGAUUCAACAACGAAAAAUGUUUGCAUGUAACAUUAUUAAUACAUUCAUUAAAAAAAUAUGAUUUAGCAAAUUACAUUGUGUCACAUAGCUGAUGACGCACAAUGCACACACGCAAUAAAUAGCUAUUCAAUUAUAAUGUUACGGGAAAUUAGACCCAAUUUGCAAGAUAUUAGGAAGAUAUACUGGUUAAGUGCUGUGUGCCGUGCCCGGCGGCGGCACCAUGUGCCCCUUCCGCGGGCAUCAAAUCGGGGCUCCGGGAUGGAAAGCCCAUCGACGGCAAGCAAGAACACCCCUGUCCAUGCAGGACUUGCUGCUGUGGAAAACCUCCUAUCGUCAAACCAUGUUACAAACAACCUCGUAUCCCAGAGUCGUAUGCCCCGCGUCGCUGCUACAUGCGCCCCACUGCGCCAGUGGAGUCAUGCACUACAUACAAGCUAUCCUACCUGCCGGUGGAUGGUUGCCGCAACCUCAGGGGUGAGGCUCGCCGUCCCCCUGCCAACCUCGUGCCUAGCUGCGAGCCUAUGGAGGGAUGCACUGUGCAGAAGCUAUCAUAUUUGCCGAAUCCGACAUGCGUGACGCAGCCGAUCCGUCCAUGUCACCAUGACAUGUGGGGGCAAGGGCCCAUGCAGAACCUCACGACGCAGAGACACGACUACGUGCCAAAGCCCUGCGUACUGAGAGAGAGCUGCAAGCCGCCGGCGAAGUUCCAUUGCGUUGAACAGCCUUUUGAGAACCGCACGAUCAACAAGUUGUCAUAUCUACCGCCGGAGAGGAUCGAGCCGACCAAGUCGUUUGCGCCGGAGCGCUGCUACGAGAAACCUGCGGCCAAGAUGGAAGGCACCACCACACAGAAAAUGAGCUAUAUGCCCAACCAGAUUCUUCCCAAAGAGCCGUUGCCAUGGGCCUGCAAAGGGCAAUAUCAGAAGCCUUGUCAGAAACUGGACGCGAAUACCACCUAUACCAUGAGUUAUCUGGAUGCGGCGAGUGAUUGCCGUCGGCGAGCCAUAAUUCCUGACAGCUGCAACAACCCCGUCACCUCGUCCAAGAGAUUCGAAACUCAGACUAUUUAUAAGAAUAGUUACUUGCCGACGAAGUGCCCCAUCCCUACGCCGAUCAGGCCUCCGUCGAAUCUCGUCCCGUCCACCGCUCAAAUGGAAGGUGAUACUGUACAAAAGCUAUCGUACCUCCCGAACCCCACAUGCGUGACGCAGCCAAUCAGACCGUGUCACCACGACAUGUGGGGGCAAGGCCCCAUGCAGAACCUUACCACACAGCGACACGACUACGUGCCGAAGCCCUGCGCCACCAGAGAAUCCUGCAAGCCGCCGGCAAAGUUCCAUUGCGUUGAACAGCCGUUUGAGAACCGGACCAUCAACCGCAUGUCGUUCUUGGAUCCUGGCCGAUGUGCGAUACCAGAGUCCUACGCUCCGCUCAAGUGCUAUGAGAAGCCAGCAGCUAAAAUGGAGUCGACGACAACACAGAAGAUGUCGUACCAGCCGGUCUGUGUGCCACAGCCGCAGAGACCGCCGUGGGCUUGUAAGGGACAGUACCAGAAACCAUGCCAAAAGUUGGAAGGCACAACUAUUUAUCGGUCAUCGUUCCUGCCUCCCGGUGAAGACUGCACUGAGUACAUGGACCCGUGCCAGUACGGCGAUUGCAAACCUUGUGACUGCAUAUGCCCCGCGGAGUGCAUAACAACGGACCCGUGCGCAUGCAACUUCCCUAAAGCGGCGUGCUGCUCGUAGCGGCCAUUUUGAACAGCGUUCCAAAUUCAAGCGUAGACAAGAUGGCGCCCAUUCGACCGUUGAGCUUUUAAAUCAGGCGGGAAGCCUAUGUGAUCAUCGGUACUUCGGAAGUACGAACAAAUCAUGAGUAUUUUUUGUAAUUAUUACGUGCUUUCCUAAUGUAAUAUGUAUAGUAUUAUGGAUAAUUUUGAGUGAUAUAGUUUAUAGUAAAUUGUACCUUAUAAUUACGUUUCGAAUAAAUUAUAUUUUGUAAUUUUAUUGAAUAAAGAAAUAGAUUUUUUCUAUGAU